CCGGAACCUGGCACUUUUACCUCCAUGGAUCCCCUCAACCUCUCUUGGUACAACGGUGACGUCAGCGACAGGAACUGGAGCAAGCCACUCAACGAGUCCCAUGCGGACCAGAAGCCUCAGUAUAACUACUAUGCCAUGCUGCUCACCCUCCUCAUCUUUGUCAUCGUUUUUGGCAACGUGUUGGUGUGUAUGGCUGUGUCCAGGGAAAAAGCCCUUCAGACUACCACUAAUUACCUGAUCGUGAGUUUGGCAGUGGCAGAUCUCUUGGUAGCAACUCUGGUCAUGCCUUGGGUGGUCUAUCUGGAGGUGGUGGGUGAGUGGAGGUUUAGUCGGAUCCACUGUGAUAUCUUUGUAACCCUUGAUGUUAUGAUGUGUACUGCCAGUAUCCUCAACCUCUGUGCCAUCAGCAUUGACAGGUACACAGCGGUAGCGAUGCCAAUGCUGUAUAAUACCCGCUACAGCUCGAAGCGCAGGGUCACGGUCAUGAUUGCUGUGGUCUGGGUGCUUUCCUUUGCCAUUUCCUGCCCGCUCCUCUUUGGCCUCAACAACACAGAUGAGAACGAGUGCAUCAUUGCCAAUCCUGCCUUUGUGGUGUAUUCCUCCAUCGUCUCCUUCUACGUUCCCUUCAUUGUCACCCUGCUGGUGUACGUGCAGAUUUACAUAGUGCUCCGGAAGCGCAGGAAGCGUGUCAACACCAAACGCAGCAGCCACGGCCUGGACUCAGACACGCAAGCCCCGCUGAAGGACAAAUGCACUCAUCCAGAAGACGUCAAGCUCUGCACAGUUAUUGUGAAGUCCAAUGGGAGUUUCCAAGUUAAUAAGCGCAAAGUGGAGGCGGAGAGUCACAUAGAAGAGCUGGAAAUGGAGAUGGUGUCCAGUACCAGUCCCCCUGAGAAAACCACCAUCAAACCUGCGGCACCAAGCAACCACCAGUUGGUUGUGCCAAUUGCUUCUAAUCAGGGCACCAACUCAACCCUGCAGGCACCUUUGGACAGCCCUGGGAAAGUAGAGAAGAAUGGACAUGCCAAAGAAGCACCCCACACAGCCAAGGUCUUUGAGAUCCAGUCUAUGCCCAACGGCAAGACAAGGACCUCUCUCAAGACUGUGAGCAGGAGGAAACUAUCACAACAGAAAGAAAAGAAAGCCACUCAGAUGCUAGCCAUCGUACUCGGUGUUUUCAUCAUCUGCUGGCUCCCAUUCUUCAUCACUCACAUCCUGAACAUGCACUGCGAUUGCAACAUCCCCCCAGCAAUGUACAGCGCCUUUACGUGGCUCGGAUAUGUCAACAGUGCUGUCAACCCAAUUAUUUACACCACCUUCAACAUUGAAUUUCGCAAGGCUUUCAUGAAGAUCCUCCACUGUUAAAAGGAAAAACAGCAACCGCAUUUUUAAGGAGAAAAAAAGAAACCAAUGCCAUUCACGCACACAAAGGGGCAGCCAUGGAGAGGCCUCGAGCUCUUGUAUUGGGAGUGAGGUCUACAGUGUUACAGCAGCGCCAUGCCCAUGCACCUCUGGGUGGGGGUGUCACGAGGACCUUCGCGUGGGAGGUUCCCUCAUCCCUCGAGAUGACCUUUGGACUCUGGGACACCAACCCCAAGAGCACCUUUCAGAGCUACCCUCACACUGUGUUUAAAGCAGAAGCAAAAAUCAAGACACACUCAACUUGAUUCUUGCCUGUGACCACCUGACCUUGAGUGCAUUAAACACAGACAGUCGCAGAGCCACGUGAAGGUAGCGAUCAGUCACUGCCGCUACCGGCUUGCGUGUUACAUCAUUGAUACGAUUGUCACCAAAGACAAGACCGUCUUUUCCGCUUUGCAAUAGGAGCCAGACAGAGCUUGCGGAAACUCCAUGCAAUAGCUUUGCCUUCACCUUGAGCUGAUGUACCCAGUAUUAAACUGCUGAAGCUUUGAGAGAAAAACUUUAAGAGGUCCCCAGGUGGGCUAAGAAGGUUCUGCCACCUACAGAUCCAAUCCCUGCAAGAACGUGGGCCUACAAGCAACGGGCAGAAGGAAGAAGGGGAGCACAAGUCUCACGUGGAAUCACUACAGCGUUGUAAAUACAAAUAAAUAGGAUGAAUUGAACAGAAGCCCAAGCCAAAAAAUAGAUGGAGAGGAAUUAUAGAAGCGAUACCUUGUAUUGCAUGGUAAACGUUCAGAUCAAACAGGACACCAACUGCAUCUGCCAUCAGCCAGCCCAGCUGCAGUUUCUGCCCACCAGCAUUUCAUCUCCAGUCUCUUACAAGCAUUACAAACCAACUAGGUGAGGAGUGUUAGUGCAGUGAAUGUAGAAAUAUGAAGACAGUGUGUCAGGUGAGGCACCUGCAGCCAUGUCCGCCUCAGAUGUGAACUUGAACAAGUCUACUAAGUUUGGUCCAGUUCUUCUCACCUAACUUCAGGGUGCCAUGGAGCCAAGGACCACCUCAGAUAUGGUUUGCCUAUGUCUCUCAAUAGAGAGAGCGCAGAAUAACAUUGUGCCUAAUUUAACUCAACAGUAAAUGAAAUAAAGUGUGUGUUUUGGAGAAAGCCACAAUAAAAGCCUAAGAAAGUCCCUUAGCUGGACCUGCUCCUGGGUCCAAGUUGGACUCUGGAAAGGUCUGGAUUUUUCCAGCAUCCCUUACCUUUUGUUAACUAUCUUUCAUGGAUUAAAACAAUUGAAAACCCUGAACAGCAUAGUUCCACCACGCUGACUGUGGCAUUGCCAAAUCCACACUGUACUUAUCGAUUGUACUCAGUUCACAAUAUAUUUUGUAUUAUCUCUGUAAAUAAAACCUAGUAAGAUGAAGAAAAUGGCAUGGAAAUAGGUCUGGCUAGAAAUUACCUGGGAUCUGGAGAACUAGGUGAUUGCAAUAGCCACGCGCAGAGGCAGGCUCCCGACUUCCAGCUGCCUGCUGUUUGCUAAAGAUGUGAAAAGACAAUCCAGAGAGCAAUAGAAUCCCUUUUCUCUCUAUGCAGUUUGUGGAAUAUUCACAUAGUUUCUGCUUUAGAAUAGAUAAAGACGGCUGCCAAGAGGGAGUUUCUUUUAUCCUGUGGUUUUCCUGUAUUGCUUACAAAGCGUUUUCCUAUGGGAUGGACUGUGCUGGUAGAAUGUGUUCCAGCUGUGUGUCAAGAAGUGGUGGUGUCAGGCAGCUAUAACACAUGCUCUCAGCUGUUUUCUGAAAUUGAAACGAGAGUCCCACCUUGAUCCAGAGCUUUCCACAAUAAUCCUUGUGUUCCUGGAGGAGGCUGAUAACCAGGGUUAUUAGUAUUUAGCCCAUGGGCUGGUGUAACACUUGAACGCGGCUCUUCAGGGUCUGCUCAUGGCUGUAAAUUUGAAUGAAGAGCGAUCCUACAGCUGCCUACAUGUGCCCCAGCUUAGCGAAGGAUUUCAGCUUAUACCCUCAGCAGAAACAGGUCUUAUGUCUUAACUGAACUGGGGGUGCGUGCUCAUCAGAGCAACACUCUGUUGACAUACGUGAACCAGGUGUAACGUGUUGCUGUCGGAACAAAACGUGACGAACGUGUAAGAUGGGGCCAGUCAUGCAGCUAGAGAAUUUCUGUACUUUGUACGCUAAUAGGAUUAUAGGCAAGGGAAAAAACAGUUCUUACAGAAGCACAGGAAACUUUCCAAUCCUUUUUUAAUCAGAAAAUUGGAGAUGUUAACUCAAGAGAUCUCAGGCACACAUUUAUCUGUUGGGUUUUUUUCCCCAGUUUUAACCAAGCAAAUUCACUCGGUAACGGGAAUCAGUUCAGACUGGUAUUACUUAAAAGAUUCAAAGAAUAAUGUAAAGUUAGUAGGUUUUUUGGUGGAUAAAUAGUAACACCCUACUGCUUAAUUUCCUAACAUAUUCACAAUUGCAAAGCAGAAGGGUGCCAUUUGUCUUAGUGAAUUAACGGGGCCGGGGGUGGGGGGAGCUGUAUCAAAAUAGAAAAUAAUAUGCAUAUAGACAAAAAAGCUUUAAAGUAUUUGAAAGUUGCCAUAGAUUAUAUUUGCCCUGUACUAAAUCCUGGUGCAAGCCCUCAAAAAUAAGUGGAAUGUGAAUAAUGUCUUAACUUUGUGCCAUAAUUUUAUUUUGUGUUCAGCGUUACGCCAGGACAAACCCAUCAACUUCAAUACUGUGUACCUUGUUGGAAAACUUUGCUUCUGAAUCUAGAUGCAGAACCUUAUAGGUCAACUCACCUGAACUACUAGAUGAAAAACUCCUCCAAGAUGUCAUGAGGCAAAAAAGCUGCUGAAAAAAGGCUAACUUGGAACAAAAAGGAAAAAAAAAAAAAAGAAGUGUCGUUUCCUAGAGAUUAAGUAUUUGUUGGGAGAAAUCACCUGCAGCCCAUCGUUAAUCCCAAUGACAUUUUAAGCCACUUGUUCCUAACACUCCAGACUCAAAGGUAUCUUCUGGGAAUAUCUGUAUCCCCACUGCCUUUGGAAAUGUGGUAACGCCGUGUCUGUUCAUCUCCUCUGCAGCAGGCUCUCCUUUCACAUAAAACAUCUACACUUAACGACAACAAACUGAAGCCCUUCCCACCCAUGAAUCCAGCCUUCAUUACAUUUUUUGAGAGGACCAAAGGACAUCAUCACCUCUGGCUUUACAGAGAAAAAAACUAACGCCAAGAGCAAGGACAGUCUUAGCAAUCCGUCUGUACAGCACCUGGCACGACGACAACCAGCCCGCCGUUGUGAUGGAAAGGGUGCAUAGAAACUUCUGGAAAUUAUGAGAAGUAAGAUGCAUCGUAUGGGACUCUGAGGCCUCUUGGCCACAGAUCUGAGUCUGGCAGAUACAGUCCUCACUGUCACUUCCACUCGGGAAGAAAUACUGCUUUCCGAAGGACUGCCGGUGGCGGGACAUGCUGAUGAUGGUAAGGGUACCGAUAUGUUUUUUAAAGCCCAUUAGUGAGAAGAUUUCAUUUCUUCGUUCCUGAAGAACUAAAGACCCUUGAUACAGUCCCUCUUUUGUGAUUCAUUAUUUGUAAUUGAAGCUUUAGUUCUGCUUACUGAGUCUUCCUGUUCCUGCUCCUCUUCCCUGUGAUUCACAGCCUGCUGAAGCCCAUGUGGCUCUCUGUGCCCCCCGAACAGGUUUUAAUUAAGAAGCUAGUGAAUUCUGCCUGCACCGUAUUUGGCGCUUGCCUGCUUGCUCCUACUACAGUCAUGAUACUGUUUAUCUUCCUCAUUGAAGAGUAAACUAAUUAUAGUAGGUCUAACCAGCUUAUUAAAUCCUGCUGAAAUGAAAAGGAAAGGAACAAAAAGCGCCACUACCUCUGUGGUGCAAAUCUCCAGUGAAAACACGACUCCCUGAAGAGUCAGGAAUGUAUAAUACCCAUCACAAGUACCUGUGGCACCAACAAAUGUCUUCAUGCAGCACUGUAAUUAAAUCGAGA